AUGACAUUAUGCAAGCAAGAAACAUAUGAUGAAACUCUUGAUUAUCAUCGAAGAGCACUCAAAAUGCAAGAAAAAUAUUGUUCAUCUUGUCAGCGCGAUAUUGCCAAUACUCUCAAUUACAUCGGUAAUAUUCUCAUUAGGCAGAAAAAAUACGAUGAAAACAUAAACUUUUAUGAACGCGCACUCAACGUGCAAGAGAAAUAUUAUCCAACUGGUCAUGUGGACAUUGCGACAACCCUCAUUAAUAUUGGCACAACAUUUUGUCAACAAGAAAAGUUCGAUAAAGCCAUUGAAUAUCAUCAAAAAGCAUUAGAAAUUCAAGAGAAAUAUUAUCCACCAGGCAGUAUCAUCAUAGCUAAUACCAUCAAUAGUAUUGGUCAUAUUCUGUACGAUGAAAGAAAAUAUGAUGCAGUAGUUGACUAUUACCGACGGGGACUUUCAAUACAAGAGAACUUCUAUCCUAAUGGCCACAUUGAUAUUUCUCAUACUUUCAGCUUCAUUGGUGAUAUUCUAUAUAAACAAAAAAAGUACGAGGAAUCUUUUCAGCUUUACCACAGAGCCUUGACUAUUCAAGAAAAAUAUUAUGAAUUUGAUCAUAUAGACAUCGCGAAGAGCCUGAACUCUAUUGGUAAAGUGCUGUAUAGCCGAGGGAAAUAUAAUGAAGCUAUCGAUUUCUAUCAACGAUCAUUGACUAUUCGAGAGAAAUAUCAUCCAUUUCGUUAUGCUGGCAUUGCUACCGUUCUUAGCAAUAUUGGAAAAGCUCUGCAUUGGCAAAGAAAGUAUGAUGAAGCUCUUGAUUUCAAUCAACGGGCACUAACAGCUCGAGAGAAAUUUGAUGCAACUAAUCAUAUUGGUAUUGCUGAUAGUCUGAUAGACAUCGCCAAUGUUCUAAGAGAUCAACAAAAUUACAAUGAAGCCAUCGAAUACCAACAACGAGCAUUGAUGAUCCGAGAACAUCAUUAUCCUUCUGGUCACGUGAACAUUGCUUAUUGUUUGAGCAACAUCGCAAAUUUGCGAAAAAGGAGCGGUGAAUAUGAACUCUCUCUUAUAUAUCAACAGAAUUGUUUCUUAAUCCGUAUUAAAAUUCUACCACCAGAUCAUGAGGAUAUUGGCCAUAGUUUAUCUAGCAAAGGUGAAAUUUACGAAAAACUUCAUAAAUUUACGUUAGCACUUCAUUACUAUCAACAAGCAUUAGCUAUCUAUAGAAAAUGUCUGCCUUCUUGUCCUAUUAAUAUAUGGAUUAUGAAAUCGAAUAUUCAACGACUUUCAAAAAAACUUGGAAUAGAACUCAAUUAA